AUGUGGACUUCGUGGAUUUUUGUGGCAGAAACGGUUGUCAUAGUAACAGGAAAUGUUACCCUCUUGAUCGUAUUCACCCGUACACCAGCACUGCGCAAGCGCAAGCACUACCUACUGAUAAAUCUGGCGGUGGCUGAUUUUCUCGUAGGAGUAAUCUCAGUGCCAAUGUAUGGAACGAUGCCCUUAAUCAGCUACACAAGAACCGCAAAUAUAAUGUAUCAAGUCCAGGAUAUUUUAUUUGGAACAGCAUCCGUGUUUGGUUUGGCAGCAGUCGCCAUUGAGCGAGCUUAUGCCGUAUAUUUCCCAUUCAAACACCGUACACUUUGGAAGGGCGUGUACAUGAUCGGUAUGGCAGGGAUAUGGAUGAUGGCGUUACUCUUUGCCACCUCUGAAAUCUAUGCCGAUAAUUUCGUGAACGUGAUUAUAAUUGCAGUCAUAUUGAUUUCUCUUUUCACUGUGAUUUUCUCUUAUACAGUGAUAUGGAUUAGAAUGAAUUGUAUGUCACCAAUAUCGAGUAACGCAAUACCUAGACGUGAUAGGAAGUUGACGGUCACGCUUCUAAUAGUCACUGUGAUAAGUCUGUUAUUUCCAUUUCUUGUUUUAAAUGUAAUGUCUUUUUUCGACCCUCAAAGUUUAGGAAGUCUAGGAAACAUUGUCAUGGCAACCAAGUUUUGUCACUAUGGCAACUCUCUCAUCAAUCCUAUUGUUUACGCUCUGUGCAUGCCUGAUUUCAAGAGAGCUCUUCGCAUGCAGAUAGUUUGUUGUGAUUCUAUUCGAAAACAAGCAGCGUUUCUGCAUGAAAGCCGUGAGGGAAACAAAGUUAGUGAUGGCACCUACCAGGAACACAGACUUGAAAAUUACCAUGGAAACUACAAUGAAGACCACGAUAAGACCAGCAAACACCAUGGGGACAACAAUGCACACCGUGAUAAGACCAGCAAUCGCCAUGGGGACAACAAUGCACACUGGAUAAGACUGCCAGCAAUCACCAUGGAGACAACAAUGCAAACUGUGAUAAGACCAACAAUCGCCAUCGAGACAACAGUGAACACAGUGAAAAGACCAGCAAUUGCCAUGGAGACAACAGUGAACACAGUGAAAAGACCAGCAAUCACCAUGGAAACAACAAUGAACACUUGUGAGAAGACUGCCAGCAAUCACCAUGGAGUCAACACAAAUAUUUCGUCUACACGUAUGGAUGAAAUGAGAACACUGACAACACUGGCCGUUGACAAUGAAGGAUUUGUAAAUGAAACUAACCAAGAUAUUAAACUAUAACCCAUUUGCAAUCAGAGGUAUCGAAAAAUAGAGAAAACACUUUUAAGCUACAGUAAUUAUAAACUUGAUAAAACAUAGUAUAUUU